UUAAUCACUGUGUUUCCAAGUUCUCAACAAGGUUGAAAAUGCCAUCAGCUGUCAACAUAUCUCCACCAGCUCAUCCAGGACCAAAUGGAGGGAGCCUACACACUCACGCCAACAGCCGUGGACCAACCUGUGAGCAGCAAGAUACAGGACUGCAUGGCAUCAGCCAAGACCCAGGACCGUCAAUCCACCCCCCCGUCUUUGUCCGGCCUUUCUUCUACGUCCACCCACCACCCCCGCCCCCACUCCCACCUCCACCCCCUUUCCUCCACUACCAGUGGCCCAUGCCCUUCCCCUAUAACCCCUUUGCCACCUUCCCAGGCAUGGGCUACGGUAUGGUCAUGCCCCCGUUCCCUCCUCAUCCCUAUAUGGAUGCUCCACCCCACAUUCUGUACCACCCUCACGUCCAACCUGUCGACAGACGUUUCCUCCACCCCCAAGUCUACGCUCCUAGCGCACCCUACCAGAACCCAAACCGGACCCACAGAAUUAAUCCGCCUCAUACUGGCAAUGUUAGAGAAACUGUGAACUGUGAGGUCCAAACAGAACCCAUACAGAGAGGUCGAUAUGGAGAAAGAAGCCCACUCAUCGGCUCAGAUUCUGGGCGUGGAACCGGCUCAAACUCUCCAUCUGCCGAGGUUAGGAGCAAUACCCUACCCAGCAGCAAUUCACUAAUGUCAGUGAGUUCUCCAGAUAGUAUAGUUCCCGUUUGUAGCUCUUUUCAACAAGAGGAGGUUGUCAAAGAGAGAUGCGUCUCUGUUCCUGACAUUCUAAUGAGUUGGAGAGGUGGCACGCCGCAGGCAAAGAUUCUGAAAAUGGCACUUCCUCAGAAUGACAAACACCCGCUGGCUUACAAAACUGAAGAAGAACAUAAGUCUUUUUACCAGAGUCCAACUCAGACCAAAAAUGGUCUAGUGGCAGCUGACAGUACUAAUGAUAAUGCUGAGCGUAACCUAAGCUCCAAGAACAGUGCAACCCUUUUUCAGAUCCUCAAACUUAAAAAAGCUCAUGGAGAGCGAAAGGCAGAAUGCAGAAGAGAAAAUGAACCGGUAGGAUUGAUUGGCUCUCUAAAGCGUAGCCUACCCUACACAGAAAAGCUGCUACAUUCACAUAACAAAUCCCGAAAGCUCCCUAACAAUGAGCAAGAAGAUGACGAGACAAAUCCACAUGAAGACACAACAGAGAUCAUUCCCUAUCAAAUGAAUAGCUGUCGGACAGAGAGAAAAAUGAAUGAGUCGGUUUGGUCUGUGGCGUCUCUGCCCCCCUUUGUCCCCACCAAGGAGUGGCUACUACAGAAUGGCAUGUUGGAGCCUGAAGUAACUGACCCUGUUCCAAUGUCCAAAACGCUGCCUCAGAAUGACCAACAACUGCUGUCUUACGCAACUGAAGAAGACCAUGAUAGGUCUUUUUACCAGAGUCCAACUCAGACCAAAAAUGGGCCAGUUGUUGCUGACGGUGCUUAUGGUAAUGCUGAGGAUACCUUAAGCUCAAUGGACAUUUCAACCCUCUACACAAUCUUCAAACUAAGAGAUGACCAUGAAGAGCGAAAUGCAGAAUCCAGAAAUGCUGUAAGAUGUAGUCUACCCUACACGGAUGAACUGCUACAUUCACAAAAGGAUUCCCAAAAGCUCCCUUACAAUGAACAAGAAGAUGGCGACGAGACAAAUCCACAUGCAACCACAACAGAGAUUAUUCCCUAUCAAAUGUCUUUGAAUAGUACGCCGAUGGAGAGAAAAAUGAAUGAGUCAGUUUGGUCUGUAAAGUAUCUGCCCCCCAUCCCCACUAAGGAGUGGCUGCUGCAGAACGGCAUGUUGGAACCUGAAGUAAAUGACUGUGUUCAAGUGUCCAAAACACUGCCUCAGAAUGACCACCAGCUGCCGUCUUACGAAGCUGAAGACCAUGAAAAGUCUUCUUACCAGAGUCCAACUCCGACCAUAACUGGUCCAGUGGUGCCAGAUGGUGCUAAUCAUAAUGCCAAGGGUAACUUAAGCUCUAAGGACAGUGCAACACUUUUUCAGAUCCUCAAACUGAGAAAAGCUCAUGAAGAGCAAAAUGCAGAAUCCACAAGAGAAAAUGAGUCGUUGGAAUUCAUUGGCUCUGUAAGGAGAGAUGAACUGCUACAUUCACAAAACCAAUCCCAAAAGCUCCCUGACAAUGAGCUAGAUCAGGACGAGACCAAUCCACACGAAGACACAACAAAGAUCAUUACCUAUCAAAUGUCUUUAAAUAGUUCUCCAAUGGAGAGAAAAAUGAAUGAGUUGGUUUGGUCUGUAAAGUCUCUGCCCCCCUUUAUCCCUUCUAAGGACUGGCUGCUGCAGAACGGCAUGUUGAAGCCUAAAGUUAAUGACUCUGUUCCAGUGUCAAACAUGCCACAUCAGAAUGACCACCAGCUGCCGUCUUACGAAACUGAAGACGAUGAAAAUUCUUUUUACCAGAGUCCAACUCGGACCAAAAAUGGUCCGGUGGUGGCUGACGGUGCUAAUCCUAAUGCUAAGGGUAACUUGCGCUCAGAGGAUAGUGCAACACUUUUCACAAUCCUUAAACUGAGAAAAGCUCAUGAAGAGCAAAAUGCAGAAUCCACAAGAGAAAAUGAGUUAGUGGAAUUCAUUGGCUCUGUAAGGAGAGAUAAACUGCUACGUUCACAAAACCAAUCCCAAAAGCUCCCUGAUAAUGAGCUAGUACAUGACGAGACAAAUCCACACGAAAACACGACAGAGAUCAUUCCCUAUCAAAUCUCUUUAAUUAGUUCUCAGAUGGAGAGAAAAAUGAAUGAGUCUGUAAAGUCUCUGCCCCCCUUUAUCCUCACAAACGGCAUUUUGGAGCCUAAAGUAACUGACUUUGGUCCAAUGUCCAAAACACUGCCUCAAAAUGACCACCAGCUGCUGUCUUACGAAACUGAUGAGCAGAAGUCUUUUUACCAGAGUACAACUUGGAACAAAAAUGGUCCAGUGAUGGCUGACGGUGAAUAUGUUAAUGAUGUUGCUGAGGGAAACUUAAGCUCUACAGACAGUGUAACCCUCUUCCAGAUCCUCAAACUGAUAGAUGCUCAUAAAGGGCACAAUGCUGAAUGCAGAAGAGAAAAUGAGCCGAUGGGAUUGGUUGGCUCUGGAAGACGUAGCCUACCCUACGCAGAUGAAUGGCUACAUUCACAAAAAGAAUCCCAAAAGCUCCCUUACAAUGAGCAAGACGAUGGCAACGAGACAAAUCCACAAGCAGACAUGACCGAGAUAAUUCCCAAUCAAAUGUAUAGCUGUCAGACGGAGAGAGAAAUGAAUGAGUCGGUUUGGUCUGUGGAGUUUUUGCCCCCCUUUAUCCCCACUAAGGAGUGGCUGCUGCAGAACAGCAUGUUGGAGCCUGAAGUAACUGUUCCAAUGUCCAAAACACCACCUCAGAAUGACCACCAGCUGCCAUGUUAUUUGGCUGAAGAAGAGCAUGAGAAGUCUUUUUACCGGAGUCCAACUCCGACCAUAACUGGUCCAGUGGUGCCAGAUGGUGCUAAUCAUAAUGCCAAGGGUAACUUAAGCUCUAAGGACAGUGCAACACUUUUUCAGAUCCUCAAACUGAGAAAAGCUCAUGAAGAGCAAAAUGCAGAAUCCACAAGAGAAAAUGAGUCGUUGGAAUUCAUUGGCUCUGUAAGGAGAGAUGAACUGCUACGUUCGCGAAACCAAUCCCAAAAGCUCCCUGACAAUGAACUAGUACAGGACGAGCCAAAUCCACGCAAAGACACGACAGAGAUCAUUCCCUAUCAAAUGUCUUUAAAUAGUUCUCCAAUGGAGAGAAAAAUGAAUGACUCUGUUUGGUCUGUGGAGUCUCUGCCCCCCUUUGUCCCCACUAAGGAGUGGCUGCUGCAGAACGGCAUGUUGGAACCUGAAGUAAAUGACUGUGUUCAAGUGUCCAAAACACCGCCUCAGAAUGACCACCAGCUGCCGUCUUACGAAGCUGAAGACCAUGAGAAGUCUUUUUACCAGAGUCCAACUCAGACCAAAACUGGUCCAGUGGUGCCAGAUGGUGUGAAUCGUAAUGCCAAGGGUAACUUAAGCUCUAAGAACAGCCCAGACUUUUUCAAACAUAGGGAAGCUGAAGAGCAAAAGGCAAAAUCCAGAAGAGAAAAUGAGCCGGUGGGAUUGGUAGACUGUGUGAGGCGUACGCUAUUUUACACAGAUGAACUGCUACAUUCACGAAAGGAAUCCCAAAAGAUCCCUGACUAUGAGCAAGAAGAUGGCGACAAGACAAAUCCACAUGAAGACACGACUCCCUAUCAAAUUAAAAAAAUUAAUGAGUCUGUUUGGUCUGUGGAGUAUUUUGCCCCCUUUAUCCCCAGUAAGGAAUGUCUGCUGCAGAACGGCAUGCUGGAACCUGAAGUAACUGACUCUGUUCCAACGCUGCCAUCUUACGAAGCUGAAGAAGAGCAUGUGAAGUCUUUUUCCCAGAGUCCAACUCUGAACAAAAAUGGUCCAGUGAUGGCUGACGCCGCUUAUGCUAAUGAUGCUAAUGGUAAUGCUGAGGGUAACUUAAGCUCUAUGGACAUUGCAACCCUUUUCAAGAUCUUCAAACUGAGAAAAGCUCAUGAAGAGCAAAAUGCAGAAUCCGUGAGAGCUGUAAGGCAUAGCCUACCCUACAUAGAUGAACUGCUACAUUCCCAAAAUAAAUCUCGAAAGCUCCCUGACAAUGAGCAAGAAGAUGGCGAUGAGACAAAUCCACAAGCAGACACUACAGAGAUAAUUCCCUAUCAAAUGUGUAGCAGUCAGAUGGAGAGAGAAAUUAAAGAGUCUGUGGAGUCUCUUGCCCCCUCUAUCCCCACUAAGUGCAGUGAGAUGGAUGGCUCUAAAAUAUGGAGACUAAAGCAAGGCCAGAGCAUGGUUCCUUUAGUAAAGAGCCCCUUGGCUUCCCCGACUCCCCAGCAGAGUAAACAAAUUGUAUCUACCCUCACUGAAGAGGACGCAGACACCAAUAGGUGUCCACUGAUUCACCUAAGCGGAGCGGACAUGGAGGUGGAGGAUGGCGCUUGCAGGAAUAAAGAAGUCCAAAACCAGCAACUGUGUGUCCAGACGGCUGACCAGAAUAUAGCCGACGUGUCUCCAUCAAAGGCACAUUUGGUGGACUGUGGCGUCCAGUGUACUGAACUACAGGAGCACAAGUGUGUAUGUGAGAUGAAGAGCAGCAUGGGACCAAGUAGAUGGCAUCCUAGUAAACAUUUGGAUAAGAAAGCAAACCAUGGUCCAGCUGAAGGAGGAAAGCGGAAGAAAAGAAGAGGAGGCAUGGUCACUGGAGGAAUGUCAUCAGAUAUGCACAGCAGCCAGCAGGAAGCCUACAAUGGAGGCUUUGGCAAACCUUGGAAAUCACAAGAUAUGCACAGCAGCCAGCAGGAAGCCUACAACGGAAACUUUUGCAGACCUUGGAAAUCCCAAGGUCGAUAUGGAAGGAACAGACGCUGACACGGACUACGCUCUACAAGACAUCACUUGGUUUUAAAGAAGAGAUUUUAAAUUUUAAAUCUAUAAAUUAAUUUCAAAUUAAAAUUGUAAUAUUUUUCAAUAAA